CCUCCGGUCUGGCCGCUGGAACCCAGGCGUCUGGUGACACUGCAGCCCCGGACCACGUCUCAACGAGCCGGGACGUUUUCCUCUUCAUGGGGACCGAUUGUUGAAUUUGGACGGAAGCGUUCAUAUCAGAAGUGGGUGCUGGCUCCUUAUAUAUGUUCUGUGAGUCCGUCUAGAGGGAUUAUGUCUGUGUGGUCUUGAUUUAAAACUGGUCUGUAAUUUCUCUUGCAGGAAUUGAAUUUUACAGAUGAGAGGAAAAGAAAUGGUGAGUUCCUUUUCUCUCUAUAAACUUUUUUUUUUUAAUGGACAAAAAUCUGACGCCCUUUUACUUCAGGCUGCGGACACUGUUACUGGCUCACGUGGGGCGGUGUUUUCACAAAAGAUGUCAGCAGUAAAAACGUUGAACUCUUUUUGGGCUGAUCUGAACAGAAGUUCAGCCCGGGAGUCUCCCAACAUAUGGGGGCAACAUCUGCCAGUGCAGCAGAAGGCUGAGCCGUCAGCGAUGCUCGAUGCCUUUAUAUCGUGAAUUCAAGAGUUUGUGCACAGCAUUUGCUGGACUCUGCUUACGUGACUCAGGCGACUGCUUACGGGAGCACAUGCAGUAUAUGAUGAGGUCACUGCAAGACCUGAAACAACUGCGGAAGACCUGCCCUGCAGCCAGACGCCCCCUCGCUCCCAUCAGCGCCAAACUCCCAGAGUUAGCACGCCACUCUGCCGUGGCACGGGCUUGUCAGCAGCGAGCAUUGCAAAGAGAGCAGCGCACGCGCCUGCGGAUGUCUGAUGCCAGCACGGCCAGUACCUACGACUCCGCCUGCUGCCUGGCGAGUCCCCUGGAGGAGGAGGAGGACGACGACUCAAGCAGUCGGCUGGGCCUGAGCCUCAGACUGGGCCUGGGCUCUCCCAGCAGCCAGAAGAGUCUGGAGUUUGAUUCAGGUUACUCUGAGGCGUCAUGGCAGGAUGAAGGGGUUGUUCUCAGGAGGACGCGGAAUGUGCGGGUGUCCUCUUCAGCCUGCCUCCGCACAAACAGAGCACCAAGUGGACGUAUCCGACCUAAAUCCACCUCCGACGCCUGCCUAGAGAGGUGGACAUCGUUUGAGGUCAGCGACCCAGAGGACUGGACAAACUCUUUAUUGACCAGGGGACGCAACCGCCAACCUCUGGUUCUGGGAGACAACAGCUUUGCAGACCUCAUACAGAACUGGAUGGACUUGCCAGACUGCCCUGAGCCCACUGACCUGAAGCCAAGCUCGAAACGUAGACUGGGAAGCGGUUUCUUUGUCAACAUGAGAAGGAGACUAGCUGGGCUUUCCAAGAGUGUAGAGGACAGAGUGAGGAUGAGAUCCUCAGACCCUGCUCAUGUUAACAGAGCUGCAAAUGCUCCAAAGCGCCUGUCCUGUCCAGUUGUGGCAUCGCAGCCCAAAGUCCCUUUUUUCCACCAGUCCCACUCAGGCAUUAAUGAGCUGGACACAGAUUUUUACCACUUCGCAGCCCUCAUGAAGUCAGGCAGCCGACAGCCCAUAAUCUGCAAAGACAUCAUCGGCUACAUCUGACACAUCGGUUUCCAUGUAAAGCCAUGUACAGACAGAUGGACAAACCUCAGAGUCACUUUAUUUUUAUAUGACUGUUUUUUCCCCCCACUUUUUAUAUGCUUUGAUUAAACUAUUGGAAAUAAAAAAUGUUCU